GUGCGGCGAGGAGUUCGCGUGCCCCGAGCUGGAGGCGCUGUUCCGCGGCUACACUCUGCGGCUGGAGCAGGCAGCCACGCUGAAGGCGCUGGCUGUGCUUAGCCUGCUGGCGGGCGCGCUGGCACUGGUCGAGCUGCUAGGUGCGCCGGGGCCCGCGCCCGGCCUGACCAAGGGGUCGCACCCGGUGCACUGCGUCCUCUUCCUGGCGCUGCUCGUGGUCACCAAUGUCCGGUCCCUGCAGGUGCCCCAGCUACAGCAGGUCGGUCAGCUGGCGCUGCUCUUCAGUCUCACCUUCGCGCUGCUGUGCUGCCCCUUCGCGCUGGGUGGCCCCGCCAGGGGCUCUGCCGGGGCGGCUGCGGGGUCAGCCGCCGCGGAACAGGGGGUUUGGCAGCUCCUUUUGGUCACCUUCGUUUCCUAUGCCUUGCUGCCCGUGCGCAGCCUGCUGGCCAUCGGCUUUGGGCUCGUGGUGGCUGCCUCGCACUUACUGGUCACAGCCACCUUGGUCCCCGCCAAGCGCCCGCGUCUCUGGAGGACGCUUGGCGCCAAUGCCCUGCUCUUCGUGGGUGUGAACAUGUAUGGCGUCUUCGUGCGGAUUCUGACUGAACGCUCUCAGAGGAAGGCCUUUCUGCAAGCCCGGAGCUGCAUUGAGGACCGGCUACGGUUGGAGGAUGAGAACGAGAAACAGGAGCGGCUGCUUAUGAGCCUCCUUCCCCGGAAUGUUGCCAUGGAGAUGAAGGAAGACUUCUUGAAGCCCCCCGAGAGGAUUUUCCACAAGAUUUACAUCCAGAGGCAUGACAAUGUGAGCAUCCUGUUUGCGGACAUCGUGGGCUUCACAGGCUUGGCAUCCCAGUGCACGGCCCAGGAGCUGGUGAAACUGCUCAAUGAACUCUUUGGCAAGUUCGACGAGUUAGCCACGGAGAACCACUGUCGUCGCAUCAAGAUUCUUGGGGACUGCUACUACUGUGUUUCAGGCCUAACCCAGCCCAAGACUGACCAUGCCCAUUGCUGCGUGGAGAUGGGGCUCGACAUGAUUGACACCAUCACGUCUGUGGCUGAGGCCACUGAGGUGGACCUGAACAUGCGUGUGGGGCUACACACCGGCAGGGUCCUCUGUGGUGUUCUGGGCCUGCGCAAGUGGCAGUACGAUGUGUGGUCCAAUGAUGUGACCCUGGCCAACGUCAUGGAGGCUGCCGGCCUGCCUGGGAAGGUUCAUAUCACAAAGACAACCCUUGCGUGCUUGAAUGGAGAUUACGAGGUGGAGCCAGGCCAUGGACAUGAGAGGAACAGCUUCCUGAAAACUCAUAACAUUGAGACCUUCUUUAUUGUGCCAUCCCAUCGGAGAAAGAUAUUUCCAGGCCUGAUUCUCUCAGAUAUAAAGCCGGCCAAGAGGAUGAAGUUUAAGACUGUCUGCUACCUGCUGGUGCAGCUCAUGCACUGCCGGAAGAUGUUCAAGGCUGAGAUCCCCUUCUCCAAUGUCAUGACCUGUGAAGAUGAUGACAAGCGGAGAGCAUUGAGAACAGCAUCAGAAAAACUUCGAAACCGCUCGUCUUUCUCUACAAAUGUGGUCUACACCACACCAGGCACGCGUGUCAAUAGGUAUUUAAGCCGCCUCCUGGAAGCCCGCCAGACGGAGCUGGAGAUGGCGGAUCUGAAUUUCUUCACCUUGAAGUACAAACAUGUUGAACGGGAGCAAAAGUACCACCAGCUUCAGGACGAGUAUUUCACCAGCGCUGUCGUCCUUGCCCUCAUCCUGGCUGCCUUAUUUGGCCUUGUCUACCUUCUUAUGAUUCCACAGAGUGUGGCUGUCCUGCUCCUGCUGGUGUUCUGUAUCUGCUUCCUGGUGGCCUGUGUCCUCUACCUGCACAUCACCCGGGUCCAGUGUUUUCCAGGGUGCCUGACGAUUCAGAUUCGUACCGUCUUGUGCAUAUUCAUAGUGGUCUUAAUCUAUUCUGUAGCCCAAGGAUGUGUGGUGGGCUGCCUACCCUGGGCCUGGAGCUCCCAGUCCAACAGCUCCCUGGUGGUCCUUGCGGCUGGGGGCCGGCGCACUGUGCUGCCUGCCUUGCCCUGUGAGUCUGCACAUCACGCCCUGCUCUGCUGCCUGGUGGGUACCCUCCCGCUAGCCAUAUUCCUGCGGGUGUCCUCCUUGCCAAAGAUGAUCCUGCUGUCUGGACUCACCACAUCCUACAUCCUCGUUCUGGAGCUCAGCGGAUACACCAAGGCCGAGGGCGGUGGUGUCUCUGGGCGCAGCUACGAGCCGAUCGUGGCCAUCCUGCUGUUCUCGUGCACGCUGGCCCUGCACGCCAGGCAGGUGGACGUGAGGCUGCGGCUGGACUACCUCUGGGCAGCACAGGCAGAAGAGGAGCGGGAUGAUAUGGAGAGGGUAAAGCUGGAUAACAAGAGGAUCCUCUUUAACCUCCUUCCAGCCCACGUUGCACAGCACUUCCUCAUGUCCAAUCCCCGGAAUAUGGACCUCUACUACCAGUCCUACUCCCAGGUGGGUGUCAUGUUUGCCUCUAUCCCCAACUUCAAUGACUUCUACAUCGAGCUGGAUGGCAACAACAUGGGAGUGGAGUGUCUGCGACUCCUUAACGAGAUUAUCGCUGACUUUGAUGAGCUCAUGGACAAAGACUUUUAUAAGGAUCUAGAGAAGAUCAAGACCAUUGGAAGCACUUACAUGGCUGCAGUGGGGCUGGCGCCCACAGCAGGAACCAGAGCUAAGAAGUCCAUCUCCUCCCACCUCAGCACACUGGCUGACUUUGCUAUUGACAUGUUUGACGUCUUGGAUGAAAUCAACUACCAGUCAUACAAUGACUUUGUCCUCCGAGUUGGUAUCAAUGUUGGCCCUGUGGUGGCUGGAGUGAUUGGUGCUCGCAGGCCCCAGUAUGACAUCUGGGGAAACACGGUCAAUGUGGCCAGUCGGAUGGACAGCACCGGAGUCCAGGGCAGAAUCCAGGUGACUGAGGAGGUGCACCGGCUGCUGAGAAAGUGUGCCUACCAUUUUGUGUGCCGAGGCAAAGUCAGUGUCAAAGGCAAGGGGGAGAUGCUGACGUACUUCCUAGAAGGCAGGACUGAUGGAAAUGGCUCCCACCCCAGGCCUCUUCACUUGGAGCGCAAGAUGUGUGCUUAUGGGAGAGCUGGAGGCCAGGCCAGACGGCCCCCACUGUGUCCCGCAGCAGGCCCACCAAUCAGGGCAGGGCUCCCCCCAGUUCCCACAGGCCAGUACCUGCCACCUGCAGCAGCGGGGAAGGAAGCUUAA